AUGUUUGCAUGGGUCAUCUUCCGUCCCGACCAAGCUGGCGCGUUGUGGAAAAGCGACAAGGGAAAGGAGAAACCAACGGACGGCCCGUUGUCCGACGUUCGUCAGAGGAACGCGGUGCUGUUUCGCGCCUGGAUCGUAUUCAGGUCCCUCCUCCCGGAGGACCUCCUCGGCGAUGAAGAAGGUCUUCAGCUCUGGCUCGAGUUUGGCACACAGAUCUUCCUUGCAUACCAGUGUCCCUCAAUUGUUCCCUCAUCUGACCCCGACGAGUCAUUGUCUGCACCAAAGCCGUUUCUUCAGCUCUUCGGCCACGCAGAUCUGACCGACAUGAAGCCGGGUACUAGAAAGCGGUGGCAGCAUCUGCUAAAGCGCCGUGACCAAGAGCUGCGGAAGGACGGCCCCAGUCGCUCUCGUGAACAGCACUUGUUCAGCGAGUUCCAGCAAACGAUGUUGCAAUUUGUCCACAAAGUGGUUCGUCUCUACCUCGACAGCGACAGCGAAGGUUCCCAAGCGGGUUCCGUACAGUCCCUGGACAAUGAUGUGGACAUGGUCGAGGAGGCUGAGCCUACGCACAGCUACUCUCGCGUGGGAGCGUCCUCUCCAGGCAACGCCAACGACCUGCCGCCAAACGCUUCUCGCGAGCCGAGCCCCAAUGCCGGCCAGGGCAACACUGAAAUCGACUUUGCCAUGUUCGAGGCGACGGAUAUGGAAAUUGACCUUGACAUGUUCAAGGCAGUGACCAUCGAGAUGCAGGCCGCAUUCAUUCCUGGGCCUACACAUCGCGCGCGCCUGUCUGAACCAGCACCAUCCACCCGUCCGCGUGCCAAUCCACAUCCGUCUACUCCACGAAAGCGACAAUCACGCCAGACAGACGGCGGCGGGGUGGUUGACGAGGCGUCUCAACCUUUCAAGCUCGGUUCACGUCCAACACCAAGCAGCUUCAACCACACUGCCCCCCACGCCGAACAGGUUAAUGGGGAUGGCCAGAGUCACCGGCGAUCGACAAGUGCUACGCCACGGCCUGGACAAGGCUCCCCGCUGCUGGAAGAGGACGACGAAGACGUUCUCCCGACCGAAUCUGUUCUGAACCCAGAGAGUGAUCUCUCUGCGGACGACGAGGACGAGGAAGACCAAGAUGAAGAUAUCCUGCCCCCAGAGUCUCAACUCCAUCCUUUCAGCGAUGUGGAGGAGGAAAUGGACGAUGACGAAGAUGAUGACGAUGACGACGAUGGGUUGCCUGGGCCCUCGCAACUCAACCCCGAAACGAUGGAAGACGCGUCCGAGGAGGACGAAGACGACACCCUGCUAGCUGCAGCUCGUGACGAAUCUUCGUCAGACGAUGAACACUCGAGUGACGGCGGUGACGAAGAUGAAGACGAUGGGGACGAUGUUCUCCCCUCCCUGGGACAGCUCGAACCUCAGAGUGACGAACAUGAUAGCGAAGAUGUGGACGGCACCCCUCGCGCAACUCGGACCCAACAAGAAGUUCCGAAUAACGGCGAUUUGCCACCGUUCGAGUCACAGUCUCACAGCUUCGACCACGGCCACGAUGAGGCCGAAAUUGAAAACUCAAGUGGCCAUGUCGACGAAGAGGAUGACGACUUGCUGCCCUCUGAAACGCAGCUCAACGGUGUUGAGCAGGAGGACGAUGAUGAGGACAUCCAGGACGAGGAACAUGACCACCAGGCCCCAACCACCGCGGCUGCGAAUGGCUUGGCUUCCCCUGUCCCAGCUCCCUCUCGUCCAACCAGCCAUCGCGCCCUCGUCAACCGUAGUACAAGACGUGAAGAAGAGAUUCGGUUCGCGACUCCGGACCCCGAGGAUAUUCUCGACGUUGAGAGGCAACCACAUUCUACGCCUCGCAGGUCUCGGGGCAUCACCAAUCGAACACCUCCGGGACCACGACGCGUGUCAGCUCAUAAAGCUACUCAGAAGAAGCGAACACCGACAAACCAGACACGUCAUGGGGUUCGGACCGAGUCGCCAGAUGUCCUGUUGCCGUAUGUCACGCAGCAGGACAUGGACGACCAAUACCAGCCGAACGAGUUGAGUGAGGAUGACAGCGCCAACAAUCACGAGCACGAGCAGGACGCUUCCGUCCGCGAUCCCACACCUGACCCAGACGACCGCCUCAUGGUCGACUUUGACCGUCAACCACUGGUUGAAGACCCGUGCUUCGUUAUUCCUCCAGAUUUCAUUGCUCCGCGGUCAGUGCUCCAUGGUCGUACUCGGGACAACAAGUCGGACUACGGCCGCCUGAGCGGCAAGCGGAAGUGGACCCAGUUUGAAGGCGACCUGCUGUACCGCUCUGUGCAAAAGGUUCCACUCAGCCAGGCCAACCCAUGCCGCGCCGUCGCGUACGUCCACGGUGAAUUUGGCUGGGAGACCAGGCGUCUCAGGCACUUCAAUGUCCAGCACAUGAAAGACAAGAUGCGGGUUAUCGUCGCCACUCGCGUGAAUGCCCAAGUGCCUGUGGUGGGCCGUGCCAGAGCCUACCUCCCUCCCAACCACCCCGACCGCAGAAAGUUUAAUCUGGAGAUGAGAAGGUGGCAGCUUGAUCAGGACGAGGAGAGGGAGCGCCUUCGCCAGGAGGAGGAGUUGCGGCUUGCCGAGGAGAGCCAGAAUGAUGAAGCCAGCUCGAACGAGGGCGACGACGAGCCUGAGUCCGACUACCCUGACAAGGAUCGUGGUAGCGGCGGUAACCCUCGCCCUGCCGGUCACGAUAACAGCGCUACCGAUAGCGACUCGGCAGACCAACAAACCCUUCGUCGCCUGGAUGGCAGCAGUGAUUCUGAAAGCGAUCGACCUGCCAGUCCGCCGCAACCUUUGACCUCACGACAACAAGCGCGCCGGCCGAUGACCUCGGCGCGUCGCCGCGGCCGCCAGCAUGAGGGCCAGGGCCCGGCGUCCCAGCGUCGCACUGCCAUUGACAUUGGAAUCGCGACGGCGGACGACUUUCCGACUGCCUUCACUCUCUCUCAGCAUCGUUCCGCAGUCGCACUUCCCGUUGUCCCUCUGCCAGCGCAAUCGCGUGGACCAAACCGCCCUCAAAGGCAGGUUGACGAGCCGGUGAACUCCGCGUCUCCUCCGCCUGGACGGCGCCUCAGGAAGGACGACCGCCCUGCCUCCAAUGCCUCGGCUGGUCCAUCUCGCCCCACUGGUGUGACACAGCUUCCUCCUCGCACAACCCGCGCAGCCUCUCGCCAGGCGCGUGCCCCUCCGUCACAGCAGGUGGAUGUCAUCCUGCCGCAGCGUGCGACCAGAAGCAAGGGCAAGGCGGCCUCAAUUCCUGCCGAAGAUCCUCCCGUGCGCGUUUCCGGAACGCAACGGAAGCGCAAGGCCAACGAGCAGCAUGUCGAAGAUCUUCCAGCUGCCACGCCGUCCAAGCGCCGGACACGUACCCAGGUCACGGAGAAGGAACCCACUCCGCCUGCUUCUGGCCGGACUGCUCGAGCGGCAAAAGUCAAGGCCAUGACGGCCCUUACCGCUCCCAUCGACGAGACACAAACACAGACGCAAACAUUGGAGCGGCACAUUCCGAAGGGGUACGAUCCUCGUGAUGAGGAAGACUUUGUCCCAUCACUCCACCCCCACGCCGCCGGACCCCGAACUCGGUCGCAACGUCGCCCCGUCGGCGACUCUGACGAGGAUGCACAGCAGGAAGACGAAGAGGAGGAGGCAGAGCAGGAGGCUGAGGAUCAUGAGGAUGAGGAUGAGGACGAGGAUGAGGACGAGGAUGAGGACGAGGACGAGGGCGUGGAUGACGAGGCGGUGGAGAGCAGACAAGCAGCAGUUGCAGAGGAGGAAGAGGAUGAACAGGCCGGAGCGGAAGGAGGAGAAGAGGACUACCAAGGUGACGCCGAGCUCGACGCGGCCGAGUCGCCGCCAGCCCCGUCCAAGACCAACAACAGGAGUACGCGCAAGAGUAACCGCGCCGUCACCACCCAAGCAAAUGACACCUCCACCGCCGAUCGCGAGCGUAUCCGCCGCCGCGUAAUGGGCGAGAAUAUGUAG